AUAAUAAUAAUACUGGGUUUGGGUUUUGGGGAAGGAAAGAAAGAGGUCUGCAGCAAUGGCUUCGUCGUGGCGUUUCCAGGCUGCUCCGCUUGUGGCUUCACCAUCUUGUCCCAAUGCCGUCGCUUGGUCCGACGAGAACUUGGUUGCUGUUGCUUCUGGUCAUCUCGUUACCAUCCUGAAUCCCGCCACGCCUUUUGGACCUCGAGGCCUCGUUACAAUCUCACCCACCAAACCUUUUCCAAUUGGCGCCAUUGAAAGAAAAGAUUUACUCUCUGGCUGCUUGUUGCCCACUUGUUUAUCACGCGACCCUCGUCCUUGUGUUCGAUCAAUUUCCUGGUCCCCUAUUGGAUUUGCUCCAAACUCAGGGUGCUUGCUUUCUGUUUGCACCACAGAAGGUUGUGUGAAGCUUUACCGCAUGCCAUAUUGCGAGUUUUCUGCAGAGUGGGUAGAGGUUUUGGAUAUAUCAGAAAUGUUGUAUAAUUAUUUUGCAAGUAUCAACUUUGGAGAGUCAGAUAUUCAUAAUUCAGAUUCAGAAUUCUCUGAUGAGCAAGCAAAUCAACUCAGCUUAGAGCAUGGAUGUAUUGACAAUCUGCCAACCUCUGUUUUAAGGAGGGAACACAAGCGAAGAAGACAGAAUGCAUUAGCAGUAAUAGAUAAGGAAUCUGGAAAUUUGAGAGACCAAAAUUUAUCUUCUAGAAACAAUGAAGAUGUUUAUACUAUCUCUACCCGACAUACUGGAAAGUUGAUCACUGCCUCGAAGGAAGUAGCACUCUUCCCAUGCUCACUUUUGCAAGAGGGUUCAUCUGUAGAGGUUCUUAAAUUGGAUGGGCACCGACGCAUUUGGAUAGCAGGCAUGCUGGAUCGCUUGAGUGGAGCAAAAGCUCUUGUUGUGUUCCCAGAAACAGAUGGAAAUGUGACACGAGAUGAAUGGGUUGAAAUGAAUCCACAAUAUGACGACACCAGUGGUCCAAGUCUCCUUAAUAAUAGUGUGGGUGGUCAGGAGAAGUGUAUUCCCAAAAUUCGGCCUUCAAUGAUUGUGGGCAAUCUCCCACAGCAGAUAUUAUUGUGUAACUGUCACGGAGGAGAGGAAAUUCUCAAAAUUGGAGACGUGGUGGAAACCUGGACAAAUGAUAGGUGGGUUGAAGCCAUAUUUAUGGGUUUAAAUGAAAGUGGUCUUCUGGUGAAACUUCAUGGGGAUACUGGAUCAGUCACAUUAGAUGCUAGCUCAGUUAGAUUGGCACCAUUAUGGAUUAAUGAGCAAAAGUCAUGGCAAGUUACUCUAGUCAAGAUUGAAAUGAACGAUCAGGAGUUGCGUAAGGUAGUUGGGAUCAAAUCUAACAAUAAGAAAGCAAAUAAUCUGAGUCAAAUUGUUUCUGUGCCUAAUUUGAAAGCAAAACCUCUAAAGAAAAUACCAGAAAGAUCCAGUCUCCAACAAAUAACUGCAGAUCAAUAUGCCUCUCGCAGUGCAAUGCUAUCAUCACUUGUUGUUGCUUGGUCACCAGUUAUGCACUGGAUGCCUGAAACUGGGUCAGUUUCUGCAGAUUAUUCAUCCGAUCACUGUUCUAUACUUGCAGUUGGAGGGAAGUCUGGUAAAAUUUCAUUUUGGAGAAUCCUUGAACCGCAAUGCUUCUCUGUUAUGAGCAACAAGGAUUCAACUGCUGCAUUUCUUGUUGGACUUCUCCAGGCACAUGGUGCUUGGAUCACUGCCAUUGGUUGGGCCUUGUUUGCUUCUAAUGCCUCAGAUCCUCAGCUCUUACUGGCUACUGGGAGUUCUGAUGGGAGUGUGAAGAUCUGGCUGGGAUAUAGUGGGGAAUUGCUGAAGUCUUCCAAAGUUAAUCAUACUCCCUUUUCUCUGUUGAAGGAGGUUGUAACUGUUGAUUCGGUCCCAGUCUCCGUGGUUUCUCUUAUUGUGCCCAUACAGUCCCCACAGAAAAUGCAUUUAGCUGUUGGCAAAGGAUCCGGGUCUUUUGAUGUGUUGAUUUGUGACAUAUCUACCACUACCAGCAAAUCUGCUAAAAUUGGCUCAUAUGGUGCACAUGAUCAUAUUGUUACAGGUUUAGCGUGGGCCUUUGAUGGAUGUUGUUUGUACAGCUGUAGCCAGGACAAUUCUGUGCGUAGCUGGAUUUUACGUGACCAUGUCCUAUGUGAAGUGCCCUUUCCUUCGAAUACUCCUGGUGCGAGGAGCUCCAGUGAUGUUCCAAAUGUAUUUGAUUCAUGCUUUGGUUUAGCAACAUCCCCUGGAAAUCUGGUGGUUGCUGUGGCUCGUAGUUUUGAUGCUGAUUUAUUAAAUCCAAUGUACCAGGCAAGGUUAGAUUUUUUUAAUUUUUUUUUCCAAUUUAUUUCUUUUUGCACUAGAAUGUUUUACUAUGUAUGUGCAUCUAUGAGUACUUGCACAGCACAUAUGGGGACAUAUCUAUGCAGUUACACGCAUAUACAUCUACAAUACUACAUAAAGGAAAAAUCCCUUUCCUGUUUGGGUUAGCCCAAUUUUUUAAGCUGGCAGUUUUUAUUUUUUUCAAAAGAGUCAUAAAAAAGUAGACUAUCACUCAUGACAAGUUCUCUUCCAACCAAUAAUUGGGAAUAGAUAUGUAAAUUGAUGGAGAUAGUUACAUAACCAUGAAUGCCCUCCCCUUUUUGGACUCCUCGUCUUCUUUAUCUCUUAUCACUUCUCAAUCCCUACAUUUUAACUUCUACCCUCCUCUCUCUCUCUCUCUCUCUCUCUCUUCUCUGC